AUGACAGGUCAGAGACUCACUGAAGUCCUCAAGCAGAUGAUGAUGGAGGAAGAGGAGGACAGAGUAGAGUCUACAGGAUCCAGCUUUCCAUCUGUGACCACUGACCGGUCCAAAGGUCAACCUCCAGACUUCAGUGAUGAGCCAACGAGAUUAAACAUGGGAAUGUGCACAGAUGACAUAGAUUGUAACAAGAUUUACCCUGUGACUGAACAUUCCAUAUCAAAUCGCAUCGCACUGCUGAUCAAUAUUAGACAUUUUUAUGAUCUGAAAUCAAACCGACACGGUGCUGAGUAUGACGCACAAGCCAUGCUCAACCUGCUCUAUAAUCUGGGCUAUGCAGUGGUAUAUUAUCAAGACCUGACUGCACAGGAGAUUGAUGAGGCUCUAAUUCGUUUCUCCAAGCAUCGAAAGCUCUUUAACACAGACAGUGUGUUUGUGGUUCUCAUGUCUCAUGGCGACUUGGGAACUAUCCGAGGAUCUGACCUGAAGAACUUUGAAAUUGAUAAAAUUUAUGAGCGCUUAAACACGAAGAACUGCCCUGCACUAAUGAACAAACCAAAGGUCAUAAUCAUUCAGGCCUGUAGAGGAGGUGAUUAUCAUCUAACACCUAUUCAUGAUAUUGAAGAACUAUUCAAAAAGGUCAUGCAACAGUUUGAAGAUUUCCCCUCUGAACAGAGGCAGAUGCCAACCAAAGAGAGAGACACUCUGACAAAACACUUCUACCUAUUUCCAGGGUCGAACCUGCUGGGGGCCAAUGGUUGA